GAUGGAGAUUAUUACCAAUUUAUGGGAAUACCAUACGGCAAGGUCGAUGACGAAAAUCGUUUUGGUCUUUCAUCACCGUAUCCUGACUUCGAAGACGUUUUUGAAGCUAACGAUGGUUCAAUUAUGUGUCCCCAAAUCGAAUUUAGUUCAGGCUCCUUUCAAGGUACAUUAGACUGCUUACGUUUGAAUAUCUACGUACCUGCAACGGCAAAUGUAACAAAUCCCUUGCCAGUUAUGCUUUGGAUACAUGGAGGAGCAUUCAUCAUUGGAAGUGGUAAUAGACCUUUGACUGGUCCCAAAUUUCUUGUAAAACAUGACGUUAUUUUGAUCACUAUGAAUUAUAGACUUGGAUUUUAUGGUUUCAUGUGCCUUGAUAUUCCCCAAGUACCCGGCAAUCAAGGAUUAAAAGACCUGGUAAUGGGUAUGACAUGGAUUAAGAAUAAUAUUGAAUAUUUUGGCGGUGAUAAAAAUAAAAUUACCGUUUUUGGUGAAAGUGCUGGAGCCAUGGCUAUUGAUCUCCUAUUGUUGGCUGAUAAAGAAGAAUUGUUUCAUAAUACUAUAAUUAUGAGCGGCACGUCAUUGACGACACUAGUGGUGCGUCCACCUGAUAAUACUGUUCCUAUAGUUAUAGCAAACAAGCUUGGUUUAAAUACAAAUAAUGUCGACGAAGCUUUAUCGUUUCUUAAUACUGUAGAUCCAUUCACAGUUAUAGUAGCUGGUUUAGGACUUGAGACAAUGCCGUGCAAAGAAAAUAAAUUUGCUGAUGUAAAACGACUCCUUCCUGAUUUUCCCAUUAAUAUGAAAGUUCCGAGAGCAAACGGAAGGUCUUUCUUAAUGGGCUUCACAAGCGAUGAAAUGAUUUACGAGUUCGCAAAUUUAUCAGAGGAACAAUUUCAACAGUUAGAUAUUUUUAACGAAACAAUAAGUAGAACAUUUCACUUUGAUAAAAUAACGCAUAAUGAUAUUGUUAGAUUGAUAAGGAAUUUUUAUAUCGGUGACAAGGAUUUCACACGAGAAGUGAAAUUUGAUUUGGCCGAUUUUGCAUCUGAUAUUCGACAUGUUUAUCCAACUGAAAGAUCUUUGGCGAAAAUGCUAGCUAAUGGUGCAGAGAAAGUGUAUUAUUAUAAAUUCUCGUACGUUGGUGAUAGAAAUUACAUGAGAAGACUACUAAACAUUACUGUUGGUGGUGCAGCACAUGCAGAUGAACUGGGCUACUUUUUUGAUAUUGAUUAUCUAUCUGAAGCAGGUACUCUUGACGAUUUUGCAAUGGUAGAUAAAGUAACUACACUUUGGACAAACUUUGCGAAAUAUGGUGAUCCAACUCCAGAAAAAACUGAACUUCUGCCAAUAAAAUGGGAACCAGUAAUACAGAAUUCUCCUCGUUAUUACUUGAAUAUCGAUUCAGAGCUGACUCUCGAUCAAAGACCUUUCCAAAAAAGACUUGCUUUUUGGGAUCUCUUUCUAAAAGCCUAUGGAGAGCAUGAGUAUGGAUUUGCUAGAGAAAAUAGCGCCUCUUAUGUGUCUUCUAUAUUCCUUUCAGUUAUUCCUAGUUUAGUGACUAUAAUUAAUAAUUUAGGGUUAUAAUUUCUGUGCAGUAAAGUGCGUAUCAAACUUAACACUUUGAGCAAAUCUGACUGAUUCGUUGCACAAAUGGGCUUCGUGUGAAUGAAAGCGAACUUUUGUAAAGAUAUUGUACAUAGCAUAAUGAACUAUAUGGUCAAUUGCAUAACGUACAAACUAGAUACGAGCCAAAAUCU